CCCUGUGUAGAUUCAGAAAUCUCAAAUGGACCUUCGUCUGGCGCUAGAUAUGAAGUCCCUCCCUUGUCCCCACAUUAUCUCCCACCAUUUCUGCAGCAGCCAUGAAAUCUCCUAGCUUUUCUAGUCUUCCAUGGCCAUUUUCAUCUCCCUCUCUGCCCACCCAACACCACCGCCAAACCCUACCCAAACCUCCAUCCCAAAACCCAAUUCUCCCUCCCCUUCAAGACCCAAAGCCACCCUCAUACACACCCAUACUUCCAAGAGAGACUUCCUGUUCAGAGCUGUUUCCUCGCUGUUUGUGUCCUCUCUUGCACAUUCCUGCCCAUCUGUCCAGUGUUUAGCUGAGACUUUGCCUCCUCCGAAGUCGUCACUUUCGGGCAUUGCCAACACCAAGUCCUGGUUCCAGUACUAUGGCGACGGGUUCUCCAUUCGGGUCCCGCCUCAGUUCGAGGACGUCACGGAGCCUGAGGAUUUCAAUGCCGGGUCUUCUCUGUAUGGUGAUAAGGCCAAGCCGAAAACAUUUGCCGCGCGGUUUGCAUCUUCUGAUGGAUCUGAAGUCUUGAGUGUUGUCAUCCGCUCGACAAAUCAACUGAAGAUAACCUUUCUGGAGGCACAAGACAUAACCGACUUAGGUUCGUUGAAGGAGGCGGCAAAAAUUUUUGUUCCAGGUGGCUCAACUCUAUAUUCAGCUCGAACGAUAAAGAUUAAGGAAGAUGAAGGUUUCAGGACAUAUUACUUCUAUGAAUUCGGUAGAGACGAACAGCAUGUAGCCCUGGUAGCUGCCGUAAAUAGUGGAAAGGCAAUUAUUGCUGGAGCCACUGCUCCACAGUCCAAAUGGCAUGAUGAUGGGGUGAAGCUCCGUUCUGCUGCUAUAUCCUUGACUGUUCUAUAGUCAUGUUCGUGAAUGGCCAACAUCUGAUUGAAUUAUGAUCAGUUCAGGGAAAUUGUUUCUUUGUUUGGAGAGAAGUAUUUUCAUACAAAUCCAGACCAGAGAUAUUGUCUUCGAGAUUCUGUAAGCUGCCUUUGUAGCAUAACAAGUCAUGCCCUCUGUUACGUGAGUGAGUGCCUCGAGGUCGUGGCAAUUUUUGUCGGAAUACCCAUUUCUGGUCCGUAAUUCUUCUUCUGCAAUAUAUAGAGGAGUGUAUUCUGCAGAUUACACUGUUGGUGAAUUGAAAUGACAAAACUUGUUGCUGGGUCCAA